UCUCAUUCUAUAAAUCAUACCAGUUACCACAUCAAAAUCCAUCCUUCAUCAAAAACCAAAACCAUGGCAACCAAAGAGUCCAUAACCAACAACAUCGUCACUGAUUCUGACCACAUUCCGGUCACUAAAACAGAAGACUCAGGAAUCAAGAUCACCAUUGUUGCUUCUGAAGAAAAUCACGUUGAAACAGAAGCAGCAAACAACAAUGUAGCUGUUGGGUCUGAUACUCGUCAUACCAAUGAAAAAGAAGAUAAAGAAGAUGGUGUUGCUUCUGAAGAUGAACAUAAUGAAAAACAAACAGGAAGUGAUCUAAGCAUUUCUAUGGAUAAACUUAACCUUGGUUUGAAAAAGAAACUUAUUGUGCUUCCGAUAACUGGUUUUUUAGUUCAUCGCGCUUUUCGCUUUCGCCAAAACGCCAUCCCAAAAAACCGCAUGCCUGAUUUCUGUUCUGGAAAUUUUAUGAUUUACAAGAGGCCAUUCUGUGAUGAGUUUUUGAAGUUUUGUUUUGAGAGAUUUGAAGUGGGAAUAUGGUCAUCUGCUAUGGAGCAUAACAUAGGUGCAGUUUUGACUAAUGUAAUGGGAGAACACAAAAGCAAGCUGCUAUUUACUUGGGAUCAAAACCAAUGCACGAAGACUGAUUUCAUGUGUUUGGACAAAAAAGACAAACCGGUGUUCUUGAAAGAACUUAAUCACUUAUGGAGCAAAAAGUAUAGCAAUCUCCCUUGGUGUGACGGAGAAUACUCUGCGUCUAACACGUUGUUGAUCACCGAUCCUGUGAAAACCCUUAUGAAUCCUCCGAACACUUCUAUUUCUCCGGGGAACUAUGAUCCCGAAAACAAGGAAGAUAAUCUUCUAGGUCCGAGUGGUGAGAUACGUGUGUUCUUAGAGGGGCUUGCAGAGGCUAAAGAUGUUCAAAGUUAUGUGAAAGCUCACCCGAUUGGGGAUCCAGCUAUAACGUCUUCUCAUGCUGACUGGGACUACUAUUCGAAGAUAAUUCGUUCUUUCGGAAAGAAAGAAUCCAGUGAUCACUAGAACUCUAUAUAAUCAUUGAGAUCAAGAGGCUUUUUUUGUUGGUUUUCGAAUUCAGACAUGGUACUGUACUACUACAAGUUUAGGAUCUGAAACUUUUGCUUCUAAGUUUGAUUGUUAAAUGAAAUCAAAAUUUAUCUAUUA